AUGACAAAAUCCUUACAACUAAACAUUCCUGGGCCAAAGCUCACUACAAAAUCGGGGAAUUCUGUUAGAAUUGGUACUGGAGCAGGCACAAAAUGGCAGCACCUCAAGAAAGGCAGAGAGGAAGGUUUGAAGAAAACCAUCUUGACGCAAUUGGUAGACAGCCUUGUCGAGGCAAUCCACAAUGGUUUCAGACACAUUGAUACUGCUGAGAUAUACACCACUCACCCUGAAGUGGCUGCUGCGAUUGCAAAAAGUGGGGUGCCUCGAGAGGAUUUAUUUGUCACCACUAAGUACAAUCCUGGUAUCGAACCACAACCGGCUGUUUUCCCGAGCGCCACCGAGUGGAUUGAUGCAGCGCUCAAGGACUUGGGAAUUGAGUAUCUUGAUGCAGUUUUGAUCCAUUUCCCGUUCUUCGAUCCCAAGUUCGCCAAUGGACAGACCCUUGAAUCAGUUUGGCGUGAUUUUAUUGCAGCGAAAAAAGCAGGCAAAGUGCGCUACAUUGGUGUCUCGAAUUCUGCGGUGGAGCACAUAGAGUCGUUGAUUAAUGUUGCAGCAGGAGAUCCCGACGGAUAUCCACAGAUCAAUCAGAUCGAGUUUCACCCAUACUUGCAAAACCAAAGCCCCAACAUCUUGAAGUACUGCCAUGAGAACAACAUCUUGGUCGAGGCUUAUGGUCCGUUGUCACCGCUCUUCAGGAUCGUCAAGGAUGGGAAGAAUGUGGAGGAUCACCCACUCAAGAGCAUUUUGCCCGACCUUUCAGAGAAAUACCAGCGUACCGAAGCACAAAUCUUGUUAAGAUACACCUUGCAGAAAGGUAACCUCCCCAUCACUACGUCGUCGAAACCUGAACGGCAAAAAGAGGCGUUGGCGGUGUACGAGUUCGCCCUCGAGGAUGGAGACGUGGCCUUGAUAGACAAGGUAGGCUCUGAGUUCGAGUUUAGAGGAUUCAUGGUUCAGUUUUAUUAG